AUGAGUGGUCGCCAACAACCAAGAACGAGAAUACCGUUUGAAGUGGAGGAAAGUCGAGCGCUUGUGAACUACGUGCUCAAUCGGGGAGGUCGUUAUAUAACUCGUCAUGUUCCUUUGUAUGUAUUCAAGGGUGCAAAGGAUGAACUCAAUUCUAACAGGACUCCAGCUGUUCUUUAUUCUAAAUACAACUUUGACUUGGCAGUUAAAAAGAAGACAAAAGAAGAGCUUCGAAUGGAAUUUGGAGAUGAUCCAGUAACUCCACCAGCUGACGUUUUCAAACCAAACGCCAAAACUGAAAAAAAGAAGAAGAAAAAACAUCAUCGUCAGUUGCAGCUCGAAUAUGAGGAUGAUCAAGUGACUCCAGCAGCCGGAGACGUCGUUGUACCAGCUGAUGCUGAAAACCAAGACAACGUGGAUCCAGGUGCAGAGGAGCUUCAAAAUGAUCAAAGUGACAGUGACGGAGAGGAAGAACCACUUGUUGAUUUUUUCGCUGAUUUAGAGGAAAUAACUCGUAAUCUUGGAGCCCGCGGUAUGAGAUAUAUCCAGCGUAUGGAAGAAGUCAAUCUCGAUAAUGAAAGUGCUGACGAAGAUACUGUGGAGGAAAAAAUCCGCGUUUUUCUCGAAGGUGGAUUAAGAGCGAUCGGGCACUGGAAUGUCUGA